AUGGAAGUAAAUGACAAUUCAAUUAUUCUUCCAAAUAAUAGCAGCAAUGUAACAGUAGCAGAUUCAGUAUGGAAAUUUAUUAACAGUCCUGUAAUUGCAAUUUUCUCUGAUUUAAAAAAUGCAACAGCAAAGCAAAUGCUUUGUUCACUCUUGGAAUCAAUCCUUAAAGGUUCAGCUACUUUGACUACAGUUUUAGUUCCACCUUUUAGCAAUGGAGUGCAAAAUGAGACACUAAAAUGCCAAUAUGCUGCAUUUACCACUUGGUUAUUUGGCACUAUGUUUUAUAUAGUUGGAGAUCCUUUAAGCAAUGAAAUUUUAAGUAACAGCAUAGAAAUACAAGCCUGUAUGCUUCGAAUAUUAUCUAGACACCAUAUCACAAUAUUUGAAAGAAUCAGUAAUGAAUAUUUAAACAUACUUCAAGAGAUAUCAGAGUUUCAUAAAACCAGUGGGCAAGAAGAUAAAAUUACAUUGGCCAAGUUUAAUACAGAGAGAAAUAUGAUAGAAAAUUUGGAUUUGCAAGCAUUUCCUGUUACAAUACAGUAUUCUGACAUACCAUUAGUGCAAACAUCUAUACUUAAAAUUAUAACAAAGACAGGGAUUUCAGUUUGGGAUCCACAAGUGUUAUCUCAAACAAUAUUGAAAGUAAUCACCAUAUCUGCUGUAGAUAUAAAAUUUACAGCAUUUGGCCUAUGUGUAGAAUUAAUGGAAUUUUCAUCAUUCAGCAAGCAGGAACUUGAUAAUUUGAUUCUUUAUGCUACUGAGAUUAUUAAAGCUCUUCCUACCUGGCUAAAUUUGUAUGAAGUUUCAAAGAAUCAGUUGGAUCAAUUUCUGUGGACAUUUGAUAAGUUUAUUCAGUUAUCACCACUUUCUGCAAAUAAUAUUGAAUUAUGUUUUCAAGUUAUUGAUUUCAUAGUUCAUGAAAUAAGAUGCAAGAAUGCUGAUCCUAAAGCUGUUGAAGUAGUAAGAAAAACAGCAUGUUACAAAAUUCAGAAGUACUUUACCAUGCAACCAAGAACUUAUACUUUUUCUGAAAUAAAAAGGUUUAUUUCAUAUCUUGAAUAUUGCCCAGAUUUUAUUAGUGUUUUUGUUCACUGUGUACUUAUUGAUAUCAAACAUACUAUUAGUGCAAAUACUUCAGUUACUGAUAUCUGUGAAUCAUGGAAUCUACUAAAAAAGCAAUUAUUAAUUGCAACACAGGUGGAAAAAUUUGAAAUAUCUAUGCAUAUUUUGAAAGCCUCACGUAUUUUACAAAACUGGUUGAAAGAACUGGAAUUGCAAAUGAAUUUGUACACACAUGAAUUGGAUGAAAUUUUGAAGCUAUUUUUACAGAAUCUAAAUUCUAAACAGUGUCAGCAAGAAAAUAUAAUUUUUGAAAGUUUAAUACAUAUGAUGGCACACAAUGAAUCAAACAAAGAUUUAAUUCAGAAAAUAUUAAUAUUACCAUUUACACAAGAUGUAGAAAUUUCUGUGAAUAUGAUUAAUAAUCAUGUGAAAGAGACUGCUGAAUCUCUUGAUAAAGCUACAAAGUUAAAAUGUCUUGAAGUUUUAUGUGAAUUUGGUAAUGGAAAAGAGCGAUUGGAAAUAUUAAACACAUGUGUAAUUAGUGGUCAAACUGAGUUAGUAGUAGGAGCAGUGCAGAAUAGUAUGCUGCUUUUGAAAAAUAGAGCAAUAAAAUUAGAAGAUGUUUCAAAGUAUAUUCUUCAACCUGCACUCCAUUCAAAGGAUGAGAAAGUUCAUGAAAUGCUUGUAAUUACCUUAAGUAAAAUAAGCUGUUAUUUAUCAGACCAUGCAAAAUUUACAGGAGAAUUAUACAAUGCAACGUGGAUAAUACAUUGCAAACGGUGUAGUAACUGUGUUGAAAGCAAUGUAAAUUCUAAUGUUUAUUAUGUCUCAGAAGAACAUGAUCAUCUCCUGAGUCCAUAUUUUAUAUUAUUAUCUUCAAACUUCAGUUCAGUACGUUUGCGCAUUUCUGAAUCUUUUCUUUCUUUUUCAAAUCACAUUAUGUCAUUUAACGAUAAUGAAGUAGCAAAGAUGUGGUUAUCAUAUGUGGAAGAUCAAAAUCCUAUAAUUCGUUUUAAUAUUGCUGCAGCAAUAAAAGGAAUAUUAAUUAAUAAAAUAAACAUUUCAACAAAAUCUGUAGCAUCUAUUAGAAAUGAUGUACCUAUUUGUUUACAUGAAUUUGUUGAAUUGGUUAUUAAUACUAUAGCAAAUGCAGUUUUGAAAGCUUUAACAAAUUCAAAUCAUGCUUUACAUGAUACUUUACUUGUUACCACAAAAAGUUGUGCCUGUAUUCCAUUGAAUAUAAUUGAGAGACGAAUUUUGAAUAUAUAUUUGAUUUCUAUAUUGCAUUCAGCGUCAUCCCCAACUGCAGUAGCAUUUGCAACUACUGCAUAUCACGAUUAUGCUAAGUUAUUAAAUGUUUCUACAAAAGUAUUAUAUGUUCGAUAUAAAAAAAGUUUCCUCAAGCUCAUAAUGCAAUGUGCAGUUCAUAAUUUUAUACGUUAUUCUUAUAACAUGGCCACAACCGUACAUCGCGUUGCAAAAUGCAUCGGAUACGAGGGAUCACGGCAAUUAUUACGGAAAGAUGGUCAUUAUGCAGUUUGCUUUUUACUCUCCUUCAUCAUUGAUAUGCCAAAUGCAAAGGUUCUGUUACAUGACAUAGCUGAAUUAAUCAGUAUGGAUGAGAAACAAAUGUUGAAGGAAUAUUUUCCUUACAUUUGCAGUUAUGCCUUUUUGAAUAUGCCUCUAGCAACUGCAACAGAAUGUCUGAGACUAGUCUCAAGUAUCACGCAAACGCAUUUAUCACUCUUAAUAAGACAAUCAUUUAUGGGUAUAUUUGAGGAAUUGAUGUUAAACUUUCAUGAAUCCCCUGAGAAGAUAGCUGGAUUAUUAAAAAUUAUAUCUGAUUAUGAUAGUAGUUUAGAAAGAAAUUACAUUAUGCAAAAGGGAAUUGAAUCUUAUAUAAAUUUACGUUUACAUGGUAUACUGGUAAACUUUGAUAUAAAACUUGGAUUAAAAUCAGAUGAACAUACACAGCAAUCUGCACUUGCGUCAUUAGCUGCGCUGAUGCAGUAUAUGGGUGCACAGUAUUUAACACCUUUAAGAUAUAAGAUUUUAGCAACAUUACGAACCUCGCUUGGAUUUAAGAGUCCAGGAUUCGGACCUCUCAUAUGUGAUGCAUGGAAUGCAUUCAUUCAUAACAUAACUAUUAAAGAGCUUGGUCCAUUGUUACCGACUAUAUACGUGUCAUUAAUAUCAUUAUUAAAAAUGUAUCGGGAAAAAAUAAUUGCUAUGUUAAAGUUCCUUAUUAUUAAAUGUAACGAAGAAAGUCCGGAUCAUAUCGCAGAACUUUUCUUUAUAGAUGAUGAAGAAAUUCCUGAUGAAAUUAAAAACAUAAUUAAAGCACAUAUUUUGCAAGCCAGGCCUCAAGGUUUCGAAGCAAAUUUAAAGUUAUGGCUUAAACGAAUUACCCAUGAAACGGACGAAGUAAGAGUCAAAGCUUUGAUAUAUUUGCAAAGAUUUUUAGCAGAACAUCGUAGCCAACUAAAUGAAAUGAUUUUAAGAGAAACAGAUAUUCACCCAUUGAUCGUUGAUCUAUUAGACACACUACUAAUUGGAUGUCAACAUAAAGAUGAAUCUAUCCGCUUAUUAUAUGGUGAAUGUUUAGGAGAAUUGGGUGCUAUUGAACCAAGUCUCCUUCCACGCAAAAUUAUUUCUAGAGACGAUAGGAAAUUCAUCUCUGAUAUGAAUGAAGAAUUUGCUUGCGCAAUACUCUUUGAACAUGUACGGGCGUUUCAGAUGCAAAAGAGUAGUCAGAGUAUGGAUUGUUUCUCACUUGCUAUUCAGGAAAUUUUAAAAGCAUAUGAUAUUUCACCUCAAGGUAAAAAUAGUAAAUUGUGGAAUAGUCUUCCCUUGACAAUGAAACAGAUUAUUACUCCCUUUUUAACUUCACAUUAUAAAAUUGCAACUAUCAGUGAUGAUAAAAUAUUUCCUCAUCCUAUUUACGGUUCUGAAGCUGGUUCUUCGGUAGAAAAUUGGGCUUAUAAUUGGCUUUGUAGCAUGUUCAGUAAUAUCCAUGACGAAACACUCAAUAGUGUACUGCGUGCGUGUAAAUUGGCGCUUAAGCGAGAUAUAAAAAUAUUAACAUUUUGUUUACCUCAUGUUGUGUCAUACAUAAUAACAUAUUGCACUGAAAAAGAACAUGCAAAAAUACGAGAAGAAAUGUUGACAAUAAUCGAUGUUAGAAAAAAACCUGUACUCGAUCAUGAAUUAUCGCGUCAUAGACCACUUAGGCAUGGGCAUAGUGUGAAGACAGAUGAUACAAGAAUUUCUGAAGAAACUAGACGUACGCGUUGUGCACAGAUCGUAUUUUCAGUAUUAGAUCAUUUACAAAGAUGGCUUUGGGAACAACGAUUAGUUCGUAAUCGCAAGUAUGAAGCUUUAAAGAAUUUUUGUGAGAAAUUAAAUGCAUUAAUAAUAGCCGAGGGAUGUUAUCAAUCUCGAGAAUAUCAUAGAGCACUGAUGUAUUUAGAACAACACAUGGCUUCUUCUAAUAAAGGGUUGUCAGAAGAUUUGGAGGGUGGAUUGCUCGCCAAGAUAUAUGCACAAUUAGAUGAACCAGAUGGUAUAUCUGGUAUAUUAGCUACUCAGGAUCAUACUCCUACACUUCAACAAUUAGUUUUAGCUCAUGAAGUUAAUGGGCAACUUCAGGAUGCGGCUACAUGUUAUGAAAGGUUGGCGCAGAAGAAAGUUUUGAAACAUACGUAUUUGCAAGGGAUGAUCCAGUGUUACCUUGGUCUUGACCAGCCAUUCACAGCAAAACAUAUUACUGAAGGAGUCUUAAGCAGCAGACCAGAGUUAGAACCAUUAAUGAUAGAACACGAACCGUUUUGGAGGUUGGCUCAUUUUACCAGACUUGAUGAUACAUCUCAGAAAAAUAUAAAACACGUACUGCUGGAGGAUCUCAAAAAACGCAUUAAACCGGACUUAUCGUCAUUAAAAAAAAAUAUAGUGUCGCUGUUAGAAGAUGCUUCACGGCCAGGAGCUUAUCAGCAAAGUUAUUCUUAUAUCAUGAAGUUGCAUAUAUUGAACGAAUUUGAUAAGGCAGUUUCUACCAUGCUAACUGAUAUAGAACAAUUACCGGUGAUAUUGGAAGAAUGGGAAAGACGCGGUCAACUUGUUCGAGCUUCACGUGGAGUAGAAUUUGUCUUGAGUAUGCGUAGGGCUACGUUAGAUCUGGCACUUCAAUUACAAAGGGAAAUUGAUAACAAAGAGAAUUCUGUACUAAAGCAAGAAAUUGGCAAGAUCUGGCUUAAAAGUGCCAAAAUUGCAAGGAAGAGUGGUCUACACCAGCAAGCGUACAUGUACAUUUUAUCAGCUAGCGAUUCUUGUUCGCUACAGCAACUCUAUAUAGAACAAGCUCAAUUGUAUUGGCAAAAAGGUUGUCAGGAAGAUGCGUUUACAACAUUAAAACGAUGUUUCUCCAGUUGUUUCCAGCCAGCUGCAUAUUACAAAGGCUUAUCACCAAAAGAGAAUUUAGAGGAGAGGAAGCAAUGUGCAAAGGCAAAACUCUUAUACGCAAAAUAUAACGAUGAAACAGUUAACGUGGAUACCGAUGCCAAUAUCAUAAAUUAUAAAGAAGCUAUUGAAGUAUGGAGAGAGUGGGAAAAAAGUUUGCUGUCCUGUGCACAAUAUUACGAGUCUGUAAUAGACAGGAUGAUGGAUGAAGAAAAAGAUACGAGAGGACGAGAUUUACAAGUACAUACUAUGAAUUAUUAUGGAAAGUCGCUUCAAUAUGGGUGCAAGUAUAUACAUCAGUCUAUGCCAAGAAUGUUAACUAUAUGGUUAGAUUUUGCUUCUCGUGCAACGUCACGAACUAAUAAUUUUGGACAUACAGAACACGAUACAUUACGACAUGAUGCUCUAUUAAAAAUGACAAAAAUUAUGGAGGUAUAUCAAGAAAGAUUACCGAUAUUCAUGUGGCUGACUGCAUUUAGUCAACUUGUGUCUAGAAUAUGUCAUCCUUCUAUCGAGGUGCAGAAUACCCUUCGUAUUAUAUUAGUAAAGCUAAUUCAUGCUUACCCUCAACAUAGCUUAUGGAUGAUGGCAUCAGUUAUUAAUUCUUCUUAUCCUGCGCGUCAGAAAAGGUGCCAAGAAAUUCUUAAUCAUUCGAAACUUAAAACACCAGAAAUGACAAAACUUAUUACAGAUUUUCAUAAGUUAUGGGAGAGAUUAAUUGAAUUAUCCAACAAAACGAUACCAGAUGGUUUAAUGAAUACUACGGUAAAUCAAUUGUCGCGAACUCUUCCUCGUUUACUGGCUAAUAAGGACUUUAGUCCAAUAAUGAUUCCAACAACCAAAUUCAGACAACUCCACCUACCCUCUAAAGGCGUUUCAUUCGACAACUAUAAUGUAUUUUCUUCAAACUGGAUUCACAUAUCGGGGAUAGAAGACAAUGUAGCUAUUAUGCCAUCUCUUCAAAGACCGCGACGUAUUACAUUGAAAGGAUCAGAUGGCAAAGAAUAUCUUUUUAUGUGUAAACCAAAAGAUGAUUUACGAAGGGACUUCAGAUUAAUGGAAUUCAACGAUAUCGUAAAUAGAUAUCUUCAAAAUGAUCCAGAAUCGCGCCAAAGAAGAUUGUAUAUUCGGACAUACAGCGUUGUACCUCUUAAUGAAGAAUGCGGUUUAGUAGAGUGGGUGCCGAAUUUAGUUGGUUUUCGACCUAUUAUAAUAAGUUUAUACAAAGAAAGAGGCAUUGCAAUUUCCAACAGAGAACUGAAGAGCAUGUUAUGCCUAUUGAAAGAUCCAUUGGAGAAAAAGAGAAAAAUGUUCCUAGAACAACUUCUUCCGAGACAUCCCUCAGUUCUCGGAGAUUGGUUUCGCCUUACAUUUCCUGAUUCAUAUGGAUGGUACGAAGCACGUACUGCGUAUAUUAGAACUACAGCAGUAAUGUCCAUGGUGGGGUACAUUCUUGGCCUUGGAGAUCGUCAUGGAGAGAAUAUACUAUUUGAUUCUAAAUGCGGGGAUUGCGUACAUGUAGAUUUUAAUUGCCUAUUUAAUAGGGGAGAAUUAUUCGAGUGGCCAGAACGUGUGCCAUUUCGUUUAACGCACAAUAUGGUAGACGCAAUGGGACCAUUAAAAAUCGAGGGACCAUUUAGGCGUGCUUGUGAAAUAACUAUGAGGGUGCUUCGACAACAAAGCAGCACGUUACUAAGUGUUUUGACACCAUUUGUGUAUGAUCCUCUUGUAAGCUGGAAUAAAAAUCACGUCGGUGAAGAUGGUGAGAAAACAAAUGAAAAAGCCGUAGAAAACAUAAAAAAUAUAGAACAAAGGCUCAAGGGUUUGAUUCGGUCUCACGGAAAGAAGUUAGAGAACAUUGCUUUAAAUCUCAGUGUUGAGGGACAAACUAAUCAUUUGAUAUUGGAGGCAACAAACGUGGAUAAUUUUUGCCAGAUGUACUUUGGUUGGGGAGCAUACAUGUAA